GACGGAAAUCCGGAUCUACCGAAAGACAUUUGAUCCAGCUCGGCAUGCCGACCGGAAUUUGCACAGUAUGCAGCUCAUUCCGGGCCCUGGAGUCGGCAAUGAUUCUAAAGAGGUAUGAAUACAUAAAUUCACGUCUAGAAAACGCGUAGUCCUCAGUAAUUAUCCUCUGUAAUCCAUAAUGCCAGACACACAGCGCAUCACCGGACGCGCCCUGGUUUCUCACGGCCCCUACCAGGCUGGUGGCUGGAAGCUUCAAAAUGUCUCCCUGAGACCCUUGCGAGAGAAUGAGUUACUUAUUGAAGUGGUUGCCUCAGGUGUCUGCCAGACCGAUCUCCACUUCGCUGGGUUGGAACGUGGUCAUGGCGUACAUUAUCCCCGGGUGAUGGGACACGAAGGCGCUGGAUAUGUUCGACAGGUCGGGUCCAGCGUCACCGCAGCCCGAGUCGGCGAACCAGUCCUCCUGUCAUUCUCGGCAUGCCAGACCUGCCAAUGCUGCAGUCGGGGUCAUCCCGCACACUGUCACAAUUUCGAUCCUAUUAAUUUCGAGUCAAGCGAAGCCAACCGCGUUUUCUGGGGAACUGAAGCCGACGUAUCAACACACUCUGCGGAGCCGGAAAUCUUCGGCCAAUUCUUCGGGCAAUCGAGCUUUGCUAGCUGGACAAUAGUGCAGGAGGAAUCAGUGGUGAAUGUCUCCGGGCUGGUGGAGGGAAGGGGGGACCUUCAUCUGCUGGCGCCGCUGGGGUGCGGCGUCCAGACAGGUGCAGGAGCGGUUAUCAAGGCAGCCAAGGCACAGCCUGAGGAUACUGUAGCUGUGCUCGGGCUGGGAGGCGUUGGAUUGAGUGCGGUGAUGGGAGCGCGUAUUGCCGGUUGCAGGAAAAUCAUCGGGAUUGCACGAAAUCAGGCUCGUCUUGAGCUGGCCCUGGCGCUUGGAGCGACACAUGUCGUUAGACUCGAUUCAAGUACAGACAAAGGUCAUGUAACAGAGUCGGUUCGUGCUCUUACUGAUGGCCUUGGUGCAGAUGUUACGUUGGAGACUACGGGGGUACCGGGGUUGAUUGCCGAGGGCAUUCGCAUGACAGCUAACAAGGGAAGGAUUGUUCAGCUUGGAACAGCACCGGAAGAUGCGGUGGUCAGUCUUCCAAUUCAUGAUUUUAUGGUUGCUGCGAAGCAAUACAUGGGAGUUGUGGAGGGAGACGUUGUUCCUCGAGAGUUUGUGCCUAAAAUGAUUGAGUGGGUGAAGACGGGACUGCUACCUUUGCAUGAGAUUGUGGGAUUUUAUCAAGCGGAAGAUUACAGGACGGCCAUAAACGACAUGAAAAUUGGGAAGACCAUUAAGCCUAUUCUGUUAUGGUGA